ACGUAUUUAUUCGUAAUUCUUGUUAAUAUGCUUCGAUAAAUAAAUAAUAGAUUCUCUAAACUCUAAGAUGGAUGAAGCGAAUAAUACAGUACUGGAUCUCUCGAGGCGUGGGCUAAAGAAAAUAGAGAAAGCGCCUGCCGACGAUUCUAAGACGAUUAUUAAUUUAAUUCUUGAUCAGAAUGAGCUGCAGCGCCUAGAUAAUAUAGAGACCUUUAAUCGAAUUGAAAAUUUGUCAAUAUGCAACAACUUCUUACUUCGUAUGCAUGGUGUGUCAAAGUUAACAAACCUGCGCAUCCUGGCACUCUCCAACAAUGGUAUCCUCCAGAUUGAGGGGUUGAAGGAUUUAAUUUACCUUAAAGUGUUAAAACUAGCUGGUAAUAAUAUAAAAUCAAUUGAACAUUUGAAUCACAACAUGCAUUUGGAACAUCUAGAUUUGUCCAACAAUCAAAUCUCAUUUAUAGCAGAUAUUUCAUAUUUGAAAAAUUUAAAGCAUGUAAACCUGGAAAGGAAUCGCAUAAUGGAUCUGCGUCAGUGUGACCGUUAUCUGCCCACCAAUCUGGAACACCUGGGUCUUGGGCACAACAACAUCCAGGACCUGAAUGAGAUCUGUCAUCUGGUGCACCUAAGCAAACUGGACAGCUUUACUAUACAGGGAAAUCCUUGUAUAUCAAUGGCGGGAAAGGACAAAUUAGGAUUUGACUAUCGACCUUUUGUUCUCAAUUGGAUUCUAAGUGUAAAAUCUAUAGACGGAUUCGUCGUCAGUGCUAUUGAGAGCUUGAAAGCAGAAUGGUUGUAUAGUCAAGGCAAAGGGCGGCACUUCCACGCGGGCCAGCAUCAGGAGUUAUGUGAAUAUCUCGCUUCCACAUGUCCUCUCACUGCAGAUGCACUAGAAACCGAAGACCAAAGGAAACUGCGUCUAAUUCUCAGCAAGGCUCAACACCAUCAACAGCAAUUGAAGGACCAGAACCACAGUCCCUUGAAACCAAAACUACAGUCUCCAAGAAUGCAAACUCGGAUAGCGUCCCGGCACAUGGGCCGUUCACCGGAUCGCCUGACGUCCAGCUACCACGCAGCAUUGACCAGGAACUCACCCUCGCAUCAGUCGGCGCUGGCCACGGACCUUCCGUCCGCAAUGAGCCAGAGCUUCGACUCGCCAGGACUCAUGUACGCCAUGGAGAAAAAGGAUGGACGGGACAAGGAGAAAGAGAAGGAGAAAGAAAAACCACAAGAACCCCCUGCAGCUAAAGUGGUUAACCACUCACUCGAAGCAGCUUCAAAAAUGGUCCCAGUACCCGAGUCACUUAUGAGCCCAGACUAUCAGGAUCCAAUUUAUGACAUACAGAGGACCAUACCAAAACCUAUCAAUAACUCUGUUAAUAGUAUUUCUAAUACGUCAUCCCAGUCCAGCAAUAGUAGCAUCAAUGAAGACAGACAGCAGAAGGCUAGCAUGAAUAGGAGUUUAAAAGGCUCUCCUAAGUUAACAAAAAGUGCCACCUCAUCACCAAAGCUUAAGUCCAGGAUGGAGCAGCGUAAAGGGAGCCUGACGGUUAAACAUGAUGAGAGUCAGAUGAACGGUGUAAAAGAUGACCAGAUUGACCCUGACAAAUUGGAAAUAAUAAAGCUCGCUUCAAAUCAGCGGCGGCAGAAGAAGAUGACAGCAGAGUCGAUGGCAGCUGUGACUAUACAGAAAAUGUGGAGGGGAUACAGAAGUAGGAAUCUAAAUAAGGACACGUUGAGGAUCUUGCACGCUAUACAGGCAGCUAGAGCGAGACAACAUAUACAGAGGCUAACAUGUGAUAUGGAAGCGACUAAAGCAGCGUUAGAGAGUGAACGUAAGAUCCAGCAGUUGCAGAUGCAGGCGAUUAACGCACUUUGGAAGAAAGUCUCCACACUGCAAACGACAGAGAGUCGGCACCCGUCGGAGAGUGAAGAGACGCUGCAGAAGGUGAUGGAGACGUGCGCGCGACUUCAGGGCCAGGUGGCGGAGCUUCAGGGCUGCAUGCGCGAGCUGCUGCUGCGGGCGCGGCCCCCCUGCGACCCCCAGUGCGACCCCCAUGACCCCCCGUGCGCCCCCUCCGCCGCCACGCAGACCGACAUCAGCGCUGUCCUCACGCCGCAGGAAGAGCGAUGCGGCUGGCUGCGGCGGCCGCAGUCGCUGCAGCUGGCGGCGCCCCCCGCGCCCCCCGCUGCACCCGCACCGUCUGCAGAGCCCAAGGCUACCACUGAGAAACAAAACGAGAUGGAAACUCUAGACAUAGAGCGCACCGAAUCCGUUAUAGAGGACAAGACAGAGUGUAUAGAAGAACAGGAACGAAACCAAAGCAUAAUUACCGACUGAUAAUGGAGAUUCCACCUUGUUACAUUGUUGUUAAGGUUUAAAGCUUAGCUCCGGUUAGU